AUGCGGGGGUUCUCAUUGCAAACCCUGGUGGGCCUGGUGGUGGUCCUAGCGGGAUAUGCACAAGCAGCAGAGGACCCCGCUCUGUUCCAGCCUCCUGUGUUGCCCUCUGAUAUAUCCCAGGCAGCUCAGCCUGCUGAGCAUUCCUCCCCCCAUGCUGACCAGGCUCUUAAUCUGACCAACAAGCAGGCCGAGCAGGUGCAGCAACCUCCUCGGGACCAGCAACAAGUAAAGCAAGAGCAACAACCGGGCGAAGAAAAGCUGUUGCUCGGUGCAUUGAGAUUCGACACGCUUUUAGAGCAUAUGGGCGAAAUGCAAAAGCGGUUCUUCCUUGCAGUGCUGCCGGAAUCUUGGGUUGUGCCAAAAUUCGCUUCUGCGUCCAGCUCAGAACUCGCCCAAGUGCAUCAAUUCUUGAAAGAUAUAGCUGAACCUUUGGGGGGAGUCGCUUCGGUUCCUGGAGCUGUCGUCCAGCUCGCUGAGUCAGGGGAUCUGACAGCUCUGCUUCAGCAGAAUCCCCAGCUCCCUCCUGUCUUCAGAGACCUUGUUUCUGCAUCGACCACUACAAAGGGAAGUCAACAGGGAGGAGAGCCUCAAGUUCUCUCUGGCCUCAUUGCUGACUUGGACUCUGCUAAUUUGGGGAAUGUCGCGAAGUUGUUCCAGCUGCCAACAGAACUAGAGCUCCCAGUAUCUUACGACGGGCUGUCUUUCUUCGUGCCCGUUCUGGUUCGCAAUGUUUCUUCCAUUGAGCUUCCAGAUCUCGGACCCACUCAAGGCUUACAGCAACUUAGCGUAGACGUUCGAGACAUUCUUAUCCCCAUCGCGCAAAACAAGGGGCGCCUGCUUUUCUCAGAAGCCUCAGCAGUCUUCCAGGGGAUCGAGUUGCCACAGCAAAUCCCCAUCCAGCCAAUCGCACUCUUUUCUUUCGAGUUGAACGAUGUGGACACCCUGUGGUCUACAGUGAAGACGUCGGUGCUCAGCAGGCUCACUCUGCUGGGCUCUGAUGCACCCGCACUGUUCGGCCCCGUCAUGCUGGUCACAUCUCUGCCGCGUGUGGCGCUGUCCCUCAACGGGGUGCCCCGAAACAUAGGAGAGCCUACUCAACUUGCCCGCAUUAUUGCGGACUUUACUUCACAGCUCAGAAGAGGCCUUAGGAGCUUUGCGGACCUCACAGCGGAGCGAGGCGUUCCCCCCAGCACUCAGGAACUCAUGCGCGAACCCCUCGAUGAAUUUCUUAACCUGAAAUUCCUAAAUUUCGGGAUCCCUGUUGUCGGCAUUCCCCGCGAGAUGGAAUCCUGCGUGUUCACCCCGCUCAAGACCCUUAGUCUGUGCAGUGCAACGGAUUGCCCCAUGGACCUGUCUCUGCCCUCCUUCCCCGACUUUCUGGUGGCUCCUGAGGCAGCCAUCUUAACGCUGCAAGAGCGGAUAGAGGGCCUCAUAAGAGAACUCCAGCAGGCGGUGAUCGAUCUGGAAAGCAAGAUCAACUCUUCUCUCCCACAGGGUCUUAGCUCCAUCAGAGACGCUCAGGGUGUGUCCGUUGACGAGGCCCUCAAAACUGCCAUGGCGCUUUCCACCACUUUGCAAAAGACUGUGGACGUCGCUAGUGAGAGGGCGAGGGGACUGUUUGGGCUUGAUGUAGCUGAAGCAGCUGCUUCGGCGGCAGCAGCGGAGGCAGCAAGUGCAGCAAAGACCGUCAUGCAAAGCCUCGAGAAUCCUGUAGGCUUUUUGGCUUCUCUCUACGGGCAUUCAUCCACUGACGACCAGAGCGAGCAUGGACUUCUAGCGCAUAAACGCAAGUUACAGAGCGGCCUCAUCACUCUGCCUAUUCUUUCCCGGGGCCCAGGCUUGAGCCGUUUAGAGUUACCUGGUCAGGGAUCUUUGGAGCAGCUAAUGUCCCUGCGCGAGCUGACAUCGGCAGUUCAAGACUUCGUCCUUGUGGAGGGCAGUCCCCUUCUUUCUGGCCUGUCCCCUGCGAAUGCGGGCAAGACCCUAGGAACUCUGUUUAGGGAGCAUCAGUUACCAGACUCGCUGCUACGCCAGCCACUAAGCAGCCUUGUGACUGAUGCUAGCAGCCUUCCUGCCACCCUUUUCGACCUCAACCUGGGCCAAUUCCUCUCCUUCUCCGCAGCCCUACAAGACAUGCUCACUGCCCCCAUUGUUGAUUUUCCCAGCCUCGCCGGCCUUAUCCUCAACCCAGCUGCUGUCCUUUCCCUUGUUCCAGGUGGCCACGCACCACAGCCCCAGCGGGCCUCAUCUCCCCUUCCAGUCAGCGGUGGUCUAUUCUUCUAA